AUGGAUACGGGAAAAAUAUUUUUGCCGCCCAACAUCGCCUUGCCGUGUAAGUUAAAAUGGGCUGUAGAUAACAACUCCAUCGUUAGCUCGAACCAAAUAAUUGCGUUUGUCAUCGAGACGGGGCAGGACCGCACUGACGCGGAGCGAACGGGAGAUCCGCACACGGAGAGACCCCUCAUAGGGGAGCCGCCAACAGAGGAAGGCUCUUCCCAGCGGGGGAACUUCCAUUUGGGAAGCGCCGAAGCGGAAGAUGCACCCUACGGGAAAUCGAGAAACGGAGGAGAAGAAGAAGGGGCAGCCCCCUUAGCCAGUCAAAAUGGCAACAGCUGCGAAAAUGCACAUACAAAUGUGGUCGAAGAAGUGCGCAGCAGUUUAGGAGAUCAUUACGCAGAGAGUCCCCUAAGAAGGGACGCGGCCGAUGGUGUAGACAAGGAUGCAGUUGAUGGUGUGGCUAGCCAAGGUACCUUCCCAAACAAGGAAACAACCACAGACACGAGAGACAACCUCGAGACGGGAAGUAAUCACUCGGAGGAGAGAAGAAACGAAUCGGCAAAUGAAAAAAAUAACUUCAUAAAUUUAAUUCUAAGCAAUAAGAAUAAUUUUGACAUUAAAAAAGACAGCUAUGUCCCCUUGCGAAGCAGCAAUCACGGCAGAAUCCGCAUACUAAAACAGAACCCAUUUUUGGAAAAGGACGAGUACAUCUAUAUUAGCAGUCCGAAUGAGUUGUUGUGCGAAAUUAGCGAUGAAAGGUGCAACCACGAAGUUAUUUUCUCGGGAUUAUGCACCAACUGCUUCUUAAACCAGGAAGAGAUUAACAAAAAUAAGAAAGAACAGAAAUAUUUUUUGUCUCCUGGGUUUUUAACCAACGAGAAGGAGCUGUACAUUAACACUGAUAAGGUCAUCGAUUUGGAGAAGGAGCGAAUUAGCAACAUCAUUAGGAAUAGAAAAUUGUGCCUCGUGCUUGACUUGGACAAUACCUUGCUGCAUGCCUCCUUCUUUGUUAUCUCCAUAAAUAUGAACAGCGAGGUGAUAAACAUUACGACGGAUAUUGACGAGGAGUUGGCGGGCGCAAGUGGCGGUGCUAGCAGGAGCGGCGUAGGGAGUGGCGGCGCAGAGGACCCCGCCCACCAUCGCAGCGCCCCCCGCGAAGCCGAUUUGCCACUGGAGGAAGAGUGCGGCGCGGCGAACAGCAAGAAGGAGGACAACGUGAGGGCGGAGGACGGCGCGGAUGUAGAUGGAAACGGAGAUGGAAACGGCGAUGUAGAUGGAAACGGAGAUGGAAACGGCGAUGCAGAUGGCAGUGCAGAUGGCCAUGCAGAUGGCCAGGGCGACGGCGCGGUAUGCCCCAAGGUGAACCCCGAACUGUACUCCCUGUUCUGCCAAAGGAAAAACAACGGAGUGGACCACACGCACAAGUAUCAAGACAUAAAAUCGAGUUACGAAAAUUACUGCGAUUUUCUGGCCAAAAUGAACACCAUAAAUUUGUUAAAGCAUAACGGAAAGUUUAUACAUUACGAAAAUUUGAAGGACAAAAAUAUAAAAAAAAAAAUUGAUAAAUUGGAACAAUCCGUUUUGAAAACGAACGUGAAACAUCACAAAGGGUCAUACACAAUUUACUACAAAUUGAGACCUGGUGUGAUACAAUUUUUACAAAAAAUGAAUAAAAAAUAUGAAAUAUAUUUAUACACUAUGGGGACUUUGGAGCAUGCGAAAUCUUGCUUGUUACUGUUGGAUCCUCUUAAGAACUUUUUUGGGAAUAGAGUUUUCUCGAGGAAAGACAGCGUCAAUGGGUUGAAACACUUGAACCGCAUCUUGCCAACCUAUCGCAGUGUCUCCCUGUGCAUUGAUGAUAGUGACUACAUGUGGAAGGAAAGCAGCUCGUGCAUUAAGGUACAUGGGUACAACUACUUCCCAGAGAUUAACUUUCUAGAGGAUAUUAAAAGGAAGCCCUAUUUUUUAACCAAGUUUUUUGCUAUGGCACAGUCGUAUUUGAACUUCUCUUCUAACCUUUACGGGUUUAUUAAUUUUAAAUGUAGUGAAUAUGAAAGGAUGAGGAUUCACCGUUUUAACAGCGUGCUGUAUAGUGAGUGCUCCAGUUGGGGCGGCCCGUACAACGGCUCGAUGGCGCUGGGCGGUGCGUACCAGGUGGUCGAUCAGGGCAGCGCAGAGGAGGCUGAGGAUGGCCUCUGCGAAGGGGAGGAAGUGGGUGUAGCCACGGAAGUAGCCACGGAAGUAGCCGCUGAACUAGCCGAUGGAGUACCCCCUGGAACCUCGUGCGGUGACUCCUCGCAGGUGGGUGGAUACCACUACGAGGGGGGAAGCACCCCAGUGAGGGAAGACGGGGAAGACGCGUUAGUUGCACAGAGAGGGAAUCCCCUCAGCGGAAACGGAGACAGCGGCAAUGGCGACAGCGGCAAUGGCGACGGCGGCAGUGGCGACGAAUUGGACGAGUCCUUCGAAGACAGCUUCAUCGAUUUAGACAAAGAGUUCGAAACGGACAGCGAAGAGGGCGACGUUAGCGUGAUGGAUCCUAAGGUGGAAAAUAGCUCAUGCGACUUAAGUGUGCAAAACGGGUUGGAAUUUUUUGAUGACGCGAACGAUUUUCCCAAAGGGAAAGAAGCACCUCUGCAGCAUUUUAGCGAAGAGCACGUCGCAAGCACAUUCAUCACGGGAACGCAAAAUGGAGUUGUUAAGAGGGACCACCUUUCGAAUUUGUAUCCAAAUGAUGGUACGUAUGCCCAUAUGAACAACCCCAAUUGGGUCUACGUAGAAAAAGGGACUUCGGAAAAUGUAAAUAAAAACUUCCCCCCACAGAGUGACAAUAAUUUUUUUGUGAAUGCAGACGGUUUGAAAGGAACAUCCCCUACUAGUAGUGCCCCCCUGAAUGGUGGAAGCUGUGCAGCUGAUUUGUUCCAAUCGGGAGUUGCGCAGCUCGCUGGAGAGGAGCACAUCCCCAUGGACACCAAUUUGAUGGGCACUAAUUUGAUGGGCGCCCAAUUUGAGACCCCCAACCACUGCGAAGAUAAAAUGAAUAGAACGAAUGACCACAUGAACAGCUACAUCAGCAGCAACAGCAGCAGCUACGUCAAUAUGAACCUACACAUUAGCAAACACAUCGAUAAGAAAAAAAAUAAGAAAAAAAAAAAAAAAAACGCGAAUGGCGAAAUGGCUAGUAGCAACGCGAAGCACUUCCCGCGGAGUGAUGGAGAGUAUUCGCAAAACCAAUUCGAUCACGCCCUUCAUGUAAGGACACCCGAAAGGUUCAUUCCGUUUGAGGACGAAAUUAUUUACAAGUUCAUUUCUGAGAGGAACUUUAGGAAGUACGACAAUUAUGUGGUGGGGUUCCUGCGCAGUUAUUUCAGGGGGGGGAGGCUUCCCCGGGGGGGCGAGGCGGAAGAGGAGGGGCUCUCCGAUGGGGAUGCCAGUGCGGAUGCUGAGGAGGGUGCCGAGGUAUAUGCUGAGGUGGAUGACGAGAUAGAUGCUGAGGUAGAUGCCGACGUGGAUGACGAUGAGGACGCCCCCGAGGGUGGCGAGGAAGCGGGCCGAGAGAACCCCCCCAGGAGCCACCGCGGAAGCAGAGGCGACGCGGAAAUUAAGACGGAAGGGGAGGACCAUCAACUCGGUCCUGGGGACCAUCUGUCUCGGGGGGGGCAAGACAGUGUUAAGAGAGUAGAGAAAAAGAUAAAGAAAACGAAAGUAAAAAAGCUAAUUCAUUUUGGCAAUUUAAGGAAAAGGAAUUCUACCAACUUCAGAACAGACCACAACAGUGAUGACCCAGGGCCCCCUACCCCUCCUCCUCCAAGGGAUAGCGAUCAGAACAUUCACAAACACGGAGCAUCAAAUCAAAAUGAAUAUUACGAAAGCUUUUGUAUACCCAAGAAUUUCAACGAGGGGAAUUUUAAAGACAAUGAUAAGCAGCUACAUUAUUUGACAGCCAUAUUGGACGAAAUUCACCACAUUUUUUACCAAAUUUUUGAGCAUUUUAAAAUACAUAAAACGAAUGAAAGGAAUGAAGAGGAUCAGAUAUACAACUACUUUUUGCGCUACCCGAUAGUUAGGACCAUCUUGAUUGAGUUCCGCAGGCAUGUUUUGAAGGACUGCACCUUCAACGUUUCGCAACUGUCCGAUGAGAUCCGGAGGAGCGAUUUUAUGGACCACAUUUUGAAGUUAGGCGGAAGCAUAAGUAAUGACAACUACACGCACAUUUUAACAGUAAACAAUUUCCUAAAAAAUGAAAAUUGGGAAGAUGCCAAGGUUACAAAUUUGAUGUGGAUUGAACGAGCCUUGUACACUUGGACGAAGGUCGACACGAAGCACUACGACAUGAGUUCGUGGGGCAAAACGCACAGGAACUUCUGGGACGUCAUUGAAUAUGAAGAGAAAAAGAAGAAAAAAAUGAAGUGA